CGAACUUGACGGUGAAUUAGUUUAGCUACUUUUGUACAUAAGCCAACUUCAUACUGUUUCGUCUUUUGGAUUAGAAAGGUUUUACCAAUGAAACAUUAGAUUGUUUUACGGAGCAGAUAUGGCGAAAGAACAACAGCCCUGCUGGUCUGAUGUUUUGAAAAGGAGGAUAGCAAACUCCCAAAAAGACGAGAGAAGCGAAGAGGAAAAGAAAUCAGAAGAAACUGAGCUGUUCACCAAAUAUUACACCGAGUGGAAGGGAGGAAACGACAAGGACAAGUCCUACAAGAACAUCCCACGGUUCUACUACAGGCUACCAGCAGAGGAUGAAGUACUACUUCAGAAACUGAGAGAGGAAUCGAGAGCCGUCUUCCUCCAGAGGAAGAGCAGAGAACUGCUGGAUAAUGAGGAACUGCAGAAUCUGUGGUUCCUGCUUGACAAGCACCAGGUGCCUCCGGUGAGUGGAGAUGAGGCCAUGAUCAGCUAUGAGGCCUACCUGUUGGUGGGGGAGAGGGCUGGCCCCAAGUGCAAAAAAUUCUUCACAGCCCGGGUGUACGCCAAGCUGCUCCACAGCGACCCUUAUGGCAGAAUCUCCAUCAUGCAGUUCUUUAACUAUGUCAUGAGGAAAGUGUGGCUGCAUCAGACCCGGAUCGGUCUGAGUCUGUACGAUGUGGCAGGACAGGGCUACCUCAGGGAGUCGGAUCUGGAGAACUACAUCCUGGAGCUCAUCCCCACGCUGCCUCAGCUGGACGGACUGGAGAAGUCCUUCUACUCUUUCUACGUCUGCACCGCUGUUCGCAAGUUCUUCUUCUUCCUUGACCCACUCCGAACCGGAAAGAUUAAAAUCCAGGAUAUAUUGGCUUGCAGUUUUCUGGACGACUUAUUGGAGUUGAGAGACGAGGAGUUAUCUAAGGAGAGUCAGGAGUCCAACUGGUUCUCUGCCCCAUCGGCUCUCCGGGUUUAUGGCCAGUACCUCAACCUCGAUAAGGAUCACAAUGGCAUGUUGAGUAAAGAGGAACUUUCCCGCUACGGCACAGCGACUCUCACCCCAGUCUUCCUGGACAGAGUGUUUCAGGAGUAUCUCACCUAUGAUGGAGAAAUGGACUAUAAGACAUAUCUAGACUUUGUAUUGGCCUUGGAAAACAGGAAGGAGCCUGCAGCCCUGCAGUAUAUUUUCAAACUUCUGGAUAUGGAGAAUCUAGGACACCUCAAUGUCUUUUCUCUCAACUACUUCUUCAGGGCCAUUCAGGAGCAGAUGAAGCUGCAUGGUCAGGAGCAGGUCUCCUUCCAGGAUGUCAAGGAUGAAAUCUUUGACAUGGUGAAACCUAAAGACCCCUACAAAAUCACCCUCCAGGAUUUGGUAAACAGUUGCCAGGGUGAUACCGUCACCAGCAUCCUGAUCGACCUCAACGGCUUCUGGACCUAUGAGAACAGAGAAGUGCUGGUCGCCAACGACAACGACAGCAGUAACGCAGCUGACCUUGACGACACCUGAGAAGGAUUCUGAAUGUCACAGCUUUCUCUCCCAACAAAAAGAAGAAAAAAACAUUCAUUUCCAUUGAAAGCCAAGUGUCCUGUUGACGUGUCAGCAGGACACUGAACCUUUACCUUCUGACUAAACUGUGAAAAGAAAUGAAGGAAGAAGGAAAGUAAAGCAUGGUGCUUUGUGUAAAUAGUAUUCUCUGCUCCUUCUUCUUGUUGUCCUGUAAAAAAAAAGAACUAAUAUACAUGUUUUUGCCUUUUUAAAUUAAUGUUUCGUUUUCUGAGCAAGCAGCUGUCACAAACAUAUAAUAAAUGACUGAGUAACUUUUAACUUGGAGAAGCUAAAAUCAAUAGUGGCAGAAAUGUGCAAUAGGAAACAGGGCACUGAUAAUGAACCAAAAGAGAGUAGUUCCCUUCAGUGCAACAAACAUUUUUUUGCGUCUUUCAGCUAAAAUGUUUUUGAACCCAUUUAUAAACCCACUGCACAAGACCUGCCCAGCACCAAACAGAAAACGGUUUCCCUCGAUAAAGAUCAAAAUCAGCGUGGGUACUGAAUAUUGGACCAAAAGUGUUUGCUUAACAGGUUAACCAUUUUAAAACAAAAGGGAUAGUUUUGAUUUAUUACAAGUGUUGGAUGAGGGGUAAGGAGUACAGGUGUUAUUCUGAGCUCUGCCUGCUGAGAACCACAUGCCUGUCAAAGCACUGGUGUUCUGCCUGUUGAUCUACUGCAGGUACUGUUAUAACCUGACAAUGGAUAAGAUCCUCAUACCUGUACAACCCCACUGUAAUAUUGUUAACUAUCCAUAUUAAAGCUUCUGUCAGCUUGUUUUUAGUGGAGAGAUAUUGUUAGAACACCAUUAUUGUACAUAAAGAAAAAUAUUUGUUAAAUCUGAGGUGCAGAUGAUCUUAACUUCCCCAACAAAAUAAACAAUAUAAUGUGACGAGAAGAAUUGUGGAGGUAUAGGAUUUUUAUAACAGUGGAAACUAAAUAAAGUAUUUAUUUAACGUGAAACAAUACAAGUGACAAAAUCUACAUUUUCUUGUGUUCAAAGCUUUUAUUAACACCUAAAAUAUAAAUAUGUAUGUACAGAUUGUUUAAGAGUUUCAGUUAAAAUAAACUUGGCAUAUUUCGCCCCUUUUUCAAACAAA